AUGUCAAUCCCAAGCAAUAUGAUUUCAAUUAGUAAUUGGAUAUGUCUAUAUCCUGUAUAUUUUGACUCAACAAAAACAGUCCAACGAGGAAGAAGAAUAACACAAAAAGAGGCUGUGAAACAUCCAUUGGCUAAAGAUAUUGCAGAAGUUGUAAAAUCUUUAGGUUUAAAUUGUGCUCUUGAGCCACAUAAAACACACCCUCAAGACUGGGAAAAUCCUGGAAGGGUAAAAGUAGAAUUGUUUAAUGAAAAAAAAUCACCAAUAAGAUAUGAAAUACCAACACGUAAAGUGUUAAUUAAAAAUGUGGCAAUAUUAUUAGCUAAAAUCCAACAAGAAAGUCCACAACAAUUUCCUCCACCACAUUCCCCAGCUGUAUUUGAUAGUAAUUCUAGUGAUUCUACUUCAAUGUCUAAUCCAAAUAGAUCUACCUCUACCACAACUCCAGCAUCAUCAUCGUCAAGCGAAAUUGCAGGUACAACCAGAAGUUCAAGUUCUAACUUAAAAAAGAAAGGAAGAAAGAGCAAAAAAUAA